AUGGUAUCUCUCAACGAAACUGAUGAUGGAGAAUCAACACAGGAAUGGUAUCGGUUACUAGUUGUGGAGAAAUCAAUGUCUCUCUCCGACUUCAUGACUUCUAAGAGAUCUGGAAUGCUAUCCGACUUUCCCGAUGAAAGAGAACAAACAACAGAAGAAUUAAUCGAAGUAAUCAGUAAAUUUCCGAACGACUUUCUGCAAAAAGAAGAAGUUUCCCUUCUUCUCGACUAUUUUCUGAAUUCUAUCGAAUCAUCAGCUUUGACUGGAGGAGCAGUAAUUCGAGGAGUUCAUCAUUUAGUCUUGAAAUCUAAAAAUUUACCUGAUAAUUUUGAAGUUCCGUUAAUGCGAGUUCUAUUCAAAGAAGGAAACAUGCAAAGUUGGGCCCAAAAGGAACGUCAAUUGCAAUAUGAUAUUCUAAUCUGGUUGUUGAAAAAUAAAUUACAGUAUCUGAAAUGCCUGGGUCCCGACUUUCUUGCAACAUAUAUGAAAAGUGUAUCAGGAGAACGAGAUCCUCGUUGUCUUGUUCACAUGUUCUCUUCAUUCCUCGAAGUUUCUCAUAAUUUCGCAUUGGGACCAUUCACAGAAGAUAUGUUCGAAACUAUUGCAUGCUACUUUCCAGUAGAAUUCAGGCCGCAAAAGAACGACACAAUCACGCGGGAAUAUCUGGCUGCUUCGUGUGCUUCUUGCCUUGUUUCAUCGCCAUCAUUUGCUCCAUUUUGCUUCCUGUUCAUUGAUGAGAAACUUAAUGAUGACGACUGUUCUGACGAAGAGUACGAGGAUGUUUUGAAUCUUUUGAUUAUUGCAUGUGAAAGCUUCCCCCCGCAGAAGAAUCUGUCACUUCUCGAGCCGAUUAUUGAUGGAAUUCGAAAAGUUGGACUCAAUCCAAAGAGUAAAGGCGAGAUGCCAGCAUAUGUCGCUCAAUCGUUUGAGGCAUUGAUGAAGAUGUGCUUGAAAUCAUCAGCAACGAAUCCUCGAGCAAUCGAUGGAGUCGUUGCGACAAUAAUUGAAAAUUCGGAACCGUUUGUCCUUCAAGCCGAGAUGGGUCUUUGCAAAAAGGCUUUGACUCUCCUUUGUUGUGCUUUCAACUCGUUAACUGAGAAGCACUCGCAGUUAAUUAUGAAUCAAGUCAUCGCUUGGAUUCUUAAUUUGAUUCAUGGAGACAGUGUGAAUGCAGCUGGAAAUAAAGCGGAUAUCGUCCAAGAAGGCCUCGAAUAUCUCAUUGAAUGGAUUCAACUUGCAUCAAAGAAUCGAGAAAGCUCACUUGGAGCUCUGAAUGUUUUCGAACAAAGCAUUUUCGAAUCUUGUUCGAGAGCUAGAGAAUUCAAACCACGUGAAGCUAUGACAGCAAUUUAUGAAUGUGCUGCGAUUUACUUCGAAGUUAAAUGCGAAUCCGAAGAAUUGAUUAAUCAAAGUCGUAGCUACAUUGCUCUUGCUCUGCGUACUCCAGUCGACACGGAUUCAGAAUUGCAAAGCCUUCUAAAACUAAUCAGAAUAUAUUCGAUGAAAUAUUUCGAUCAGAUUCAGAUUGUUCUCAAUGAUAAUCCGACAAGCACAUGGAAUUCCGAAAAAGUGCUACCGAUUCUUUGUGCAAUCAGUUCUUCACACGAAGCAUGGAAAUCGCUGAAAGCCGAAAUCGUUGAACAGCUGGAGAAGAAGAUGAGGAAUCCAAUAGAUGGAUCACUGGAGUGUUAUAUUCAAAUGAUGACAGCAAGCACUGAAAACAAGGAACUGUUUUUGGAGCACUUCGAAACAUUUGAAAAUGUUUUCUUCAAAGUGGAUUGCGAUGAGUCAGAGAGUAUUUCAAAAGUGAUGCAGUCGAUUUCUUUAUUACUCACGAAUGACGAUCAUGAGAAGUUUAUGAAAAGAAUAGCUUCGCGUUACAUGGAAUUGGAAGGCUCCCAGCUUUUACAGUUUGACAAGAAGUACAUUCUUUCGUAUCUUCAAUAUAAGAAUACGAAAGAUCUGCUAGAAACUACCAGAAGGAAAAUAUCAGAUAGAUCAAUUCGUCAGCUCUUUUUUGCAAUUGUGAAUAGAUCCAGCCCUUCAGAGCCUUCAGAAGUUCCAGAACAGUAUCAUGUUGUUGAAGUGAAAGCAAAAUUGCUGAAAAAUGCGCCUCGUUGUUUGACUAUCUUCGACGAGUUUCUAACAAAAGUUGCAUCUGAUGAUUCAGAAAGUCCCAGUUCCUCUUUCGAAUAUCUUCUAGAUUUCGAAAGUGCUGAUUCCAAUUCUGAAAAGUGCCGAUACGAAACAGCGAGUCCACUUUGGAGACAACGGAUUUUCUGUCAGAUUGUUCCAAUUUUCAAAAGAAAGUUUGAGGAAGCUGGCGAUAAGAAGCAUAGACUGGUAGAGAUGCUCCCGCAUCUUCUGAAGUUUGCAGUUCCAUUGGAUGCCCAGCAGUUGAAUAAACAGUUCGCGAUGUUGUUGCCUGUCUUGAUUCAAACAAUCAGUUUGGAAAGUGCCAUACCAAGUCAUGUCACACGGACGAUUCCAAUGUUUUUGACAAUUUCGGAACCUCUUAUAUCGGAUGAUCUUCAUACGGUUCUGAAUUAUUUAUGCUCGAUCGCCAGAAAUAAUGAAUCAAAAAUGACCAACUUGGAGGAUGCGUUGAAUGGUUUGAACAUUCUAGCGCGUCGACAGCCACCGAAGUCGUUGCAUUCUGAAGUACCACUUGUGGUCACGUCAAUCAACAAAAUCCUAGGUCACAAAAAGAGGUUGUUACGAAUGAUGGCGGCUGAUGUGAAAAACAAUUGGUAA